GGAUCAUGCUUUUCCCUUUGUCAACAGGACUCCGUUCUUCUUAUAUGGAUUACGGGUUUAUCUGGAUUUCAUCUUGAUGUUCGUGACGUUCUUCGUAGAUCAUCUCAGUGACUUUCAUAACAGACCUGAUGGAAGUGAAGGAGGAAAGUCAAGAGCUGGAAAUACUUUCACAGACUGAAAACAAGUUCAUACAGAAAAAUACUGACAGAGCAGAAGCCAAAAACUCUUUCACCUGCAGUCAGUGUGGAAAGAGUUUCAUACGUACAGGACACCUUGAGAUUCACAUGAGAAUCCACACUGGAGAGAAACCGUACACAUGUGAUCAGUGUGGAAUGAGUUUUGUACAAAAAGGAGCACUUGUUGGACACAUGAGAGUUCACACUGGAGAGAAGCCGCACACAUGUGAUCAGUGUGGAAAGAGUUUUGUUCUGUCAAAAUAUCUCUGUGAUCAUCUGCUCUCUCACACUGGAGAAAGACCAUUUAACUGCGAUCAGUGUGGUAAAUAUUUUAGAGUGGAAUCAGCCCUGAAGCAACACCUGAAAGUUCAUACAAAGGAGAAGCCAUAUGUGUGUUCUGAAUGUGGAAAGAGUUUUGCAGGAGUUGAUGGUUUGAAACAACACCAGAAAACACACACCGGUGUGAAAGAUCAUGUGUGCUUUCAGUGUGAAAAGACUUUUACCAGAGCUGGUAGUUUGAAAGAGCACCAGAGAAUUCACGCUGGAGAAAAACCUUACAAGUGUUCACACUGUGACAAGAGAUUCACUCUUUCAUCUCACCUGAAAAGACAUGAGAAGAUCCACACUGGAGAGAAACCGUACCACUGCCCUCCAUGUGGGAAGAGUUUCAACCAAUCAAGUCAUCUACAGACUCAUAUGAAAAAGCUUCAUCCACAGUUCUCAGGGUGAACACUUGUUCAUCAUGUGGAUU